AUGACCUUCACAUUGAUCUCCUGCGUCUACAAUUGUUGCCUUGGGAAGCCGGGUCAUGGAAGCUUUACGCCUUUGGCCGUGGGACUUGCGCUCUUUGCCUCCGCAGGGUCGGGUGGACAAUUCACAGGUGGCUCCUUGAACCCGGCACGCGUUCUGGGCCCUGCCGCGGUCUUCGGCUGCGGCGCGAAUGUGACCUGGCUCUACGUGGGUGGCCAGUGCCUGGCGUCGAUCUGCGCGAUGGCGGUCUUCGGCUUGGUCUCACACUUGGGACCUUAUCAUCCCCGUACUUCAACCAAGACCUUUGAGCUCAUGACCAAUGAG